GACGUAGAAAAACAUCAAGGUCUACAGGAAAUACGUUAUUUAAUAACAGGGAAUAUAUAUUUUGAGUUCAUUAGUGAUUAAUUAAUAAAUGCACAAACAGUUCUUAUUCUACAGGUUAUCUUAAUUAUGCUUCGGUUUAUAGAUAAACGUCAGAAAAUUUUAUACCGUAACAAGUCCAUUAACCGAGAUAUAUAUAUUGAUAUUUUAAGAACGGUUACAACCGGUUCGAAGCAGUUGAAUGUGUUAAUCAAGGAAGCGAUUGAAAUGCUCUUAAAAUAAUCUUAAAAGAUAUAUCUCUGUUAACUGACUUUUGGGCUACCAUGUACAUAAACCUUUGGCCAUGUCCUCACAAUGAUAAAGAAUGGGGCUCGACAUAUUUGAGUCAACUCAUGAAAAUUUCUGAAUUCUUGAUUUUAAUUUUUAACUCUUUCCUCACUAAAGGUACUAAAAAGACUGUUUUUCCAUGCCCAUUGUUGAUUCGACCCCAACGGGAGAGACAGGGUGAUGAGGUACGGGACCUGGCCGCCCAUGAAAAUUUCUUGGAGCUUUUUGGAAGCCAAGAUUCGAUCCCGAAUCCUCCAGAACGACAGAUGCCUAUAGGUCAGAUAUCUUGCCCAAGAGACCAGAGUGAUCCUGUAACUAAAGGACCCACAGACCAUAAUCAUAAUGUCCGGUACCAAAACAAAAUGGAAGAUUUAUACGCCAUAAAAUUGCAAGAUAAAUAUGAUUUUGAUUUAAAUACUGUAAAGUUCAAUGUUCUAUGUAUAUAUUAAUACAUAUAUCUCUUUUUAUUCAAGUUCCAGUUUUUUGUGCUUCAUUUGUACUGUACAAGGAAGAGCAUAAACUGCAUAAUUA